AUGAUACCUUCAUGAUAUUCGAGUUCCCUGUCACCGCCCUCCCCGCAGGGGUCCAAAGCGCCAUCCUACAGGGCACCGCGCCAGGGCCUCUCUAUGCCGGCAAGGUCCCCAACCUGGGCCCCGGCAAGCUGCCCCACAGCAUCCACCUCAACUCGUUCGAGUUCUACAUGUUCCACUUCAGCCACUACCUGCUGCACGUGGGUGUGGCUGAGGGUUGUGGGGGCCUGGCAUGGACCAGCGUGGGUGACGCGGUGUACCCCACGCUGCUGGAGGACUACCUCACCACGUUCCUGCCCUGCCACGACGCCGCCGCCUCGCCGCAAUUCUCGACCCUCACAGCGACCCCGCACACGCCUAUUGCUGCUAGAUUAACGGUGAGUGGGCUGCAGCACUUGACGCAGCUGAUGUCACCCAUCAGCACCCCUGACGCCCUAGGACCACACAACACCCACCUGUACUCUCCCCACACGUCCUCCCCGUUCCAUAACACCCAACUACCUCAGCGCCCCGCUGCCUGGGUCAGCCAGGUGGUGCUGCAGGUGCUGGUGGAGAUGUGGGUGAACCAGUGCCAGGGUAGGCCAGGUGGCCGCCCCUCCUCCCCCAUGUCCCCCAACACCGCCUCCCUCAGGACCGCUCCUGGCACUACGCACCACCAGCUCCAGGGCAUCGGGCCGAGCAUCAUGUGUGAGCACAUCAGAGCCGUACGCAUGGUCAUCAAGCAUCUACACUACUUCAGCAACAGCAUCAAACCCGCCCAACCGUCGCCUCUAGACAACCUGCGCAGGUGCGUGUGGCCGAUGUGUCGCAAGAGUUUCUACGCGCUGUUCCUGCAGCUCCUGCAGCGCUGGCCUCUGGACUCAUCCUUCAGACUCCUGCUGGAGGCCUGGCUCAGCUACAUCCAGCCUUGGCGCUACACUGACAUCAAUAAGCCUGCUGACCCUAGCGAGUCGGGAGUGCCUGUGGAGUGGCAGUGGCAGCGAUUCAUGGCCGACAAUCUACUCUUCUACUCUGGUAUCCUGACUACAGUGCUGCCCAGGCUCCUCAGACUGGACCUAUCAGCUCCCAAGAAUGCCCAUAUGCUCUACAGGAUCAGUAAAGUAUUUUCCUUGCCAAAUUUUGCUGAGAUCCUGCAGGCUACUGAGGAAGCCCUGCAAGCUCACCCCCACCCUCUGCUGUCCCCCAGCAGCCCACCGAGGCUUCAGACUCGGCAAAACCACCAGCAAGAAGGCCAGCUGCCUGCGCAGGCUGUGGCUGCUGCGGCUCGCUUGCAUUUCCAAGAGAUGGAAGGAACUCACUUCGUUUAUACUUCAAUAUUUGGACGCCACACGCAAAGCCUGGCGUACCAGGUGCUGUGCGGUGCGCGGGCCGCCGAGGCCGCCGUCAAGGGGGAGCUGGCAGGCAUGGACCAACCUACUCAGAGAGACAGCAAUAAUGAGAGCGAAGGCGGCGCGUUAUGGCGGGCGUGGAAGUGGCUGGCGAGUGCGGCGAGCGGCGCCCCGUCCGACGACAGCGCGGCAGACGAACUGCAGCGCACGCUCCUGCACCUCCAGGCCGCCGCUGCUCAUCUCCAGCAUAUUUUUAAGAUCAACGAAGAGGUCCACCCAUCAUUCAGCAGCGACUAUUCGCCCAGCAAAACCCGGACAUCUGUACCGGACCAAAUCCAGACCGAAAACGGGCCUGUGCUUUCAGAUCAAGGACGCCGGCAACUGGUAUGCGGACUGCGGCGCCAUGACCUAAAGUUCGAGGGAGACCCCGAUCUGCGCCCCAUCAGCACUGGGGAGUUUGCGGUGCUCGUGCGCUGGCUAUAUCUCCUCGCCUCGUAUCUCAACGCUAGAUACGGACGUGAACUGGAACUCGGCUACUACGCCGCCGGGGUGCUGGGGAUGCUGUGGCGCUGUGUCCUGCAGGCACCGUUGACCAUCUACGAGUAUCGCAAGGGCGGCGGUCUGCCGCAGGGCGACUGUGGGGCUCUCUACCCCGUCAGGGUUGCCCGCCUCCUGCCACCCCGGCUGAGCUUCAGGAGGCUUGCCAGCAAACAAUUGCUGGUGUCGGUGCUGGCGUUGACACUCGUGCUUUACGUCGUGCUUGGCGUGUCGCUGCAAACUCAGCUCCUGUGCGUCGUCUUCCCAGCCUUCAUCCUAUACCUCGCUGCACAGAUUAUCUGUGGCAAAGCUCUUCUUAAACCUCAGCAUCCUCUGCAGAUUCGUAAUGAAGAGGACUGAUGUAUGUAGCGUUGUAGUUAUUUGGCAUUGUGGUGCAGCAGCGCACUGAGCGUGGAUCUCGGACUUGCGAAAUUCAGCAUCUAUAUCUCCGACAUAGAUGAUGUAGAUGAUUAAUAUUUCUAGUACAAUCGUCCAUAUAAUUUGUUCAGAGUAACGCAGUUACUCAUAGAUCAAAAAAUACGUUACUUUAAAAUAGAUCUUUUCUCAGCGUAGUUCCUUCAUAUGUCCUGAGCAUCGAAUGCUUCAAAGAAGGACGUUCAUUUGCUAUCACGCAUUGGGAUGGCUGAGAUUAGGUCCACGAAUUCCCUCUUUAAUUAGAAAGAUGCAAUUCAAAUCCUCUUGAUAAAACUCUUAAUAAUAAGUUAGUGGAGUCAACAUGAUUCAACUUUCACAAACUGCACGAAUCGUUUCGUGGCAAUCGACUAUAUUAUAUAGGUAGAUCUAUGACGAUACUAUUUGUAAGUUUGAGUCAAUCUCCAUUGGCUGGUUACGAAUUAGUAUUCCCUUGCUAAGUACCUACUGCUAAGUUUUUCUGAGUAAAUUGAAUCGCUUUUAACGUGUAUGCCCGGAAAUUCUUUUAAGCAUUUCUUGCGUGUAGUUACUUAUAGCCUUGUCAUUACGUUUACUCGUUAGUACUGACAUUAAGUUAUCGGUAAUAAUAUUGCUGGUGUUCUCAUAACCACCAGAAUAAAUAAAGAGAUUAAAUUUGACUUCACGGAAAGGGAAGACACCUGCUAGCUCGCUUUGCUUCAGGGUUUACGUUAACAUUUAUUUCCAGAACAGUUACCUGGACAUUUGAGUUUCUUCUGUCCUGCUUGCAUAAUGCUUACUGUGACCGUGCGUGACUUGAGUCAUCCUGUUUUAUUCUAAGAUAUUUGAUUGCUCGCUUGACUCCAGCUCAACUAAAUUAGAACAUUCGCCUUUGCUUUGAAAUAUUUUCAGGGUGCGUCCUUAAUAUGCGAGCUCUUCCUGACUGGAGACAAUUAGCAUAUUCUCGUGCCAAAAAAUGUUUUUUUCAUCUAAAUUGCUAACUGAAUGAGUCGAGAUAUAUAAAAUGAGCUAUUAACAAUCGUCGUAUGUUGCUUCCCAUUGAUGCUCACUUGUAUAUAUUACUCACCAAGAAGGUUAUAGCUGAUAUUGUGUAAUCAGUGUUUCUUUGGUGUAUGAAGCAGCUGAGCCUUGCUCGACUUCAGGUUUCAAAUGAAUGCUACUCAGUUUGUGAUAUCCACUGCCUUGAAAUUGUAUAAGGUUGAUCACAAGUUGAAAUAUGCCUGUGCUUAACCAAUUAUCAUUAUUAUGUCGUACUCAUUCAUUGAAAUAUUGUAGCCUCUUGAACUUCCUAAUUGUGUAUUUUUCGAAACAUUGUGUGUGCGUUCGUUUGAAGCCUAGCUCUGUCAAUAUACAAGGUGUGGUGAAAUAUGACUCGGGCUCUUUAAUUGAUAAUGUCUCGCGUACUUUAAAUAAACAUACAUUUUUAUUUUUU